UGCCAAGAUACCAGCACUCGGUGGCCCUGGACCAACGGCUUUUACUCUUGUUGAGUGGGGGUGUUUUUCUCCUGGUGGCGCUGUGGACCUCGACUUCUGAUCCCUUGCUUUUACGAACCAACAACAUGGCGGCCUACGAACCUACGAUCUUUGCUCAGUGGCAGUCCGACCUGCAGGUCAACCUUCGACCGUCCAUGUGGAUUCCCAAACUGCGUGACAUUCAUUGCCACAAGAUCAGUGGAGUUAUUUCGGGCCACGAGGCACAUGAGGUCAUGGCAGCACUCGAGGCAGCGACGCGUUCUCUCACAGACAAGUUUCAGCUCCGUCCGUCUCAGAAGCAAGGCACGACAUUCUAUCGUGUUUACGCCUACACCAAGGUGGAAUGGCUCGACGUGCUCGAGUUUCGCCUCCGAAAAACCGGAGACACCACAUUGCGCAUUGAGGUGGAGGGCUUUUCUUCAGGCGUGGUGCCUGUGAGCGUGCCCCUGGCGCCGCUUCUUAAUUCGGCCUUUUGUUGGUUGCCAUUCAAGGAUCACGGAUUUAACAAGCGUCGCGUCGAGCACUACCUUCGUGAACUGGAGAAGAGUGGUAUUCACGUGGCCACGGACUAGAGUUUCAACCAGCCUGUGCCCGCUGUGGGGGCUGCGCAAGCUCCCAAUCAUUUCGCACGCAGUAAUUCAUUAAUUCUAAAGCAAAACGUUGGUAACCAAUUCAAUUGAUGACACACACU